AUGUCUCUGUCGGAACAACAACUAUAUGCCAUCUCAGUAACCGAACGGGUUUGCUCGGCCAUCUCUCUAACCGGCACCACCAUCAUUGUCGUCUCCUUCCUUGGUUCAAGUGCUUUCCGCAAGCCCAUCAGCCGUCUGGUGUUUUACGCCUCUUGGGGCAAUUUGAUGACCAAUAUCGCAACCGUCAUUUCUCAAUCAGGCAUUCACAUGGGGCUCGACAGUCCCCUGUGUCAGUUCCAGGCCUUCUUGAUCCAAUGGUUCAUGCCCGCCGAUGCCCUAUGGACUUUUGCCAUGGCCUGUAAUGUUUACUUGACGUUCUUUUACAAAUACAACUCCGAUCAACUGCGACGGCUCGAGUGGAAAUAUCUCAUCUUCUGCUACGGACUGCCUCUCAUCCCCUCUGUCGCGUACUUCUUCAUCAAGACCAAGGCCCGGGGCAAGGUCUACGGCUAUGCGGUGCUCUGGUGUUGGGUUUCGCAAACCUGGGACUGGUUACGGAUUGCGGUCUUCUACGGCCCAGUCUGGUUCUUUAUUGUUUUGACGUUGGCCAUCUAUAUCCGCACUGGCGGUGUCAUCUGGGAAAGACGACGCCAACUGCGGCAGCUUGACAACCUCGACUCGGCAGAUUCCUAUCCCAGGUAUGAAGGCGAGCCGACCGCAGAACAUUAUGAGGGGCUCGAGAUGCGCGAUGCCGAACGCCCCCUCGAGCCUACCUACAGUAGGGCAACAACGGAAAUCCGCGUAACGAGUGAAAUUACACGCCCCCAACAAGGGCAUUACCCAACUGCCGAAGAAUUGAGCAACCCUGUAUCCCCAUUCUACAACCCGUACUCUGUCACCAUCGAGGGCGGCUUCAUGAGCAGACAGUUCAGUGGCAUCCCGUUAAAAGCAAUGAAACAUUCUCAUUCGGAGUCAUGGUCCCGCCGCCGUGCAAUGUCCGACACAAGUACGGCGGCUUGGGCUUAUACAAAGUAUGCGAUGCUCUUCUUCAUUGCCUUAAUUGUCACCUGGGUGCCUUCGACGGUUAACCGGGCAUAUUCACUUGCCUAUCCUCACUCAUAUAACUUUGCUCUGAACUAUGUAUCGAGCUUUGUUCUGCCGCUCCAAGGAUUUUGGAACAGUAUGAUCUAUAUGUCCAUCUCAUGGCCGGCUUUUAAGGCGGUUUACUGGGACAUCAGGAGAGGCAGUCUAGUGAGAGAUCCUGGAUGCAGAGGUGGAGUAGACCAUGGAGGACAUAUCGGACAGACUUAUAUCUCGAACGACAGCGUUCGACGUCUGACUCACUAGUUCCAAUGGUAUUUGACUGGGCAACAUAUAAUUAUUCGAAGAUCAUGGAGUAACUAGGGCGCAUGGAACCGAUAGAUAUCAGGUAGAUGAAGUGACUGUCAAGCAAUAUGCACGUGUGUAUGUAGGGAGCACAAAUCCCACCAUCGACACCAGCGUUACGACGAUAGGGAUGGUGAUGGAAGAAUGUAAUGUCAGUUAGCCCCAUCCAACAAGAGACUGGCAACCACGCAUAUAUCUUGCCAAGUGAAGAAAGAGAAAGUCUAGAGAAGGUACUCUUGUACAAACGGCCGAUAGUUAAUCUUGGAGGACCCACUGCGGAUCUACGCCCAUCAUGUGACUGAC